UGAAAUCCAAACAAUAGUCAAUCAUCAAAAACUGAAAACCUUUUGUCUUCCUCCAUGGCUUCUUCCCACCAAGAAACUCCACCCGUUAACCAAGCUUCUUCACUUUAGAAUAGGAAACAACAAACAAUUGUGUAGUAAACUUCUUGGCAAGAUGUACAGAGGUAUGAAUAGAUUCAGGGGUUCUGGGUCGUCAGUGUAUAGAUAUUUAACGAUGCCCCAGAUGAGAAGAAAAGUUUCUAAUUCAUGGUCUGCUAUGCAAGAUACUUACUUUUCAACCAAGGAUAUUUUUGAGAGGCAUAAAGUGGUGUUUACGAUGGCAACAUCUAUAGCAUCGGUUGCUACAGCGUGGAUUGGUUAUAGUUUACGUCAUUUUCAUGAGACAAGAGUUGACCAAAGGCUCGAAAGAAUCGAAAGUGCUAUGAAAAACAAAUACGAGAUUGGUGAUCCUGAAUUUAAGAAGCUUGUUUCAAGCUCUGUCAGUAUUCCAGCUUGCAUUGCAACUGCAGGAACCACGUUAUUUAUCGGGUAUGGAUUGGGUUGGAGAGGUGGAAGAUGGUAUGCCCUUAGAAAGGUCAGAAGAGAGCAGAUGAAAAUACUUGGACAGGUUAACUCUAGGCAGUGGCCCUUCAAGUUCUUAAAGGCAAAGCUGCCAUUACUUGCUCGAAUAAGACCUAGAAGGUGGCCUGUAAGGAUCUUAAGAAGACCUAGAUUAGCAGAAAGUGCUGCUAAAACAUCAGAAACUACUUUAUGGUCAAUUGAUGCUUUAGAUGGAAUUUGCAAUUUGAUGGUGGAGACUAGAGGUUACAAAUGUGAAGAACAUGAAGUGGUUACAGAAGAUGGCUAUAUUCUCAACAUGCAAAGGAUUCCCUUUGGCCUGGCCGGUGAGACUCCUGGGAAGAGGCCUCCUGUCCUGCUACAACAUGGACUGUUGAUGGAUGCAAUAACAUGGCUACUAAGUCCGCCUGAUCAAUCUUUGGCCCUCAUAUUGGCUGAUAGUGGAUUUGAUGUUUGGCUUGUCAGCAGCCGUGGAACCAAAUACAGCCUUUCCCACGAAACUCUUAGUCCGGAUAAUGCAGCAUAUUGGGAUUUUACCUGGGAUGAGUUAGCAGCUUAUGAUCUUCCAGCUUCAAUCCAGUUUGUCAAUGAUUUCACAGGACAGAAGUUGCAUUAUGUGGGUCAUUCCCAGGUGAAAUUUUCUCCUUGGUGGCAACUUGUGGAUAAGCUAAGAUCUGCUGCCUUGUUAAGUCCUAUUGGCUUUCUGGGUGAGAUGACUUCUCCACUCGCAAGAAUAGGUGUUGAAAGUUUCAUUUCUCAGGCUUUGUAUUGGCUGGGAAUUAAUGAAUUUAAUCCAAGAGGGGAUGCUGUUAUCCAACUUCUUAUGAAUAUCUGCAAGAAUCCAGGCGUUGAUUGCACCCAUCUGUUGACAUCUUUCACAGGCGCAAACUGCUGCAUGAACUCUUCCAUUAUUGAUGUUUUUCUAAGACAUGAGCCUCAGCCAACUUCUACCAAGAACAUGAUCCAUCUAUCUCAGAUGGUCAAAGGAGGAACCAUCCAAAUGUACGACUAUGGAAACGAGGAUGAAAACAAUAAGCAUUAUGGGCAGCCAACCCCUCCAGUCUACAACAUGAAGAAUAUACCAAAAGAUUUUCCGCUUUUCCUCAGCCAUGGAGGAGCUGAUGCACUCUCUGACGUGAAAGACGUGAUGCAUUUGGUAGACAACCUUAAAGAUCAUGAUAAAGACAAGAUUGUUGUCCAAUAUAUAGACAAUUAUGCUCAUGCUGAUUAUGUUAUGGGGGUGAAUGCCAGAGAAACUGUGUAUGAGCCUCUAAUGGCUUUCUUUAGGCUCUACUAA